GGUACUUUGUAAGAGUCCAGGCUACUAUGAGCGGGGUCGUUGCCCGGGGCCCGCAGUAAACAAAGACUCCCAGACUCCCAGACUCCCAAACUCCCAAACUCCCCAAACUCCCCAAACUCCCAGGACGAACCGACCUUCUCUCCUGCCAGCACAAACGAAUUCUUGACUCGCUGCCCACCGCCGAAUCACUGCCAGCGUUACCUUUCCUUCCCUCCCCCUCCCUCGUUUCUGAACUUCUGAAUCCGAUCGCCUUUGCCUGCUUUCCGGUGGGGUCGAUCCCGGCAUUCCAACCAAAAGACUGCCCUUUGUUCGGAUUCGUCGCCAUUCCAGAGCGUAACCUUAUUGAGUUUCCUGGCAUUCCAGCGAAAACCCACCCCGACGAAACCGAUCGUGAACAUAAAAGUGAAUCUGCCCCUCUGAACAGACAAUUCAGCAUGGACUACAGUAUGGAGGACACCCAGAACGCGGCGCCCGAUGCCCAUGAGACCUCCAAGCUGAGCUCGACCGCUCAGCGGGCCGACACGCAGAGCGUCACCAAACGUCUACAGCAUGAGUUGAUGGAACUGAUGCUGUCGCCCUCCCCCGGCAUUUCCGCCUUCCCCAACGCAGACGGCAACCUGCUUUCCUGGACCGCCACCAUCACCGGUCCGACCGAGACCCCUUACGAUGGCCUCUCGUUGAAGCUCUCCUUUACCUUCCCCAACAACUAUCCGUACGCAGCCCCGACCGUGCUGUUCAUCACCCCGAUCUACCACCCGAACGUCGACUUUUCCGGUCGGAUCUGCCUGGACAUUCUCAGAGACAAGUGGAGUGCGGUGUACAACGUCCAGACAGUCUUGCUGAGUCUGCAGAGCUUGCUGGGCGAACCUAACAAUGCGAGCCCUCUAAAUGCUCAGGCUGCUGAGCUCUGGGACAACGACAAGGAGGAGUUCAAGCGGCACGUGCUGGCAAGACACCGUGACAUCGAUGAAGAGUAAUUGCUUCUUCUUACUUCUCAGACCAUUCGUCUUUCUCUCUCCCUCUCUCUCUCUCUCUCUCUCUCUCUC